UUAGAUAUAGAUAUAACAUACGAUCUUAAAAUAUUUUCUGGAAAUAAAAUAUAUACGUACUGAAUACGUAUCCGUAUUCGAUAUUCAUUAUUCGAGACACUAGGAAAGGAGAGAGAGAGGGUUUUAUAAAUGUAGAUACCUAAGAGGUACCGAAGGAGUGAACUCAUUGAAUUUCUUCAACUUUUCUUCCAUUUGUAUUAUGCUACUGUAUUGAGAGCAAAAAGGGAUAAGAAGAGAAUUAAGAAAACUUAAACCCAAGUAAAGUUUCUCAUUUGACUCCCUCCUUGCUAACAAUUCCAGGCAGUAGCCAAAAUGGGUCAAUUUCAUGUGAGACGGAGAGGCUUGGCAAUGGUAGCAUGGACAGUCUUUAUGGUUCUUGUGAUGAUGACCAAUGUGGGUAUUGCAGAGAGAUUAUUGAAAGACGAAAGAAAUCACCAAGUUUCCAAAGAAAACGAAAAAACACGAGGGCUUCUACUUAGGGUUGUCAGCUUCCUAUGGCAAGGUGGCAAGUCUGCCUACGAACCAGUCUGGCCGGAGAUGGAGUUUGGUUGGAAAAUAGUUGUGGGAACAAUUGUUGGAUUCCUUGGUGCAGCUUUGGGUAGCGUUGGAGGGGUUGGUGGUGGUGGGAUUUUUGUUCCAAUGCUCACUCUCAUCAUAGGUUUCGACCCCAAGUCUUCCACUGCCAUUUCCAAGUGUAUGAUAAUGGGUGCAGCUGGAUCAACAGUAUACUAUAACCUGAGACUUAGGCAUCCAACACUGGAAAUGCCUCUCAUAGAUUAUGACUUGGCGUUGCUCUUCCAGCCCAUGCUUAUGCUUGGAAUCAGCAUUGGAGUUACCCUCAAUAUCAUGUUUGCUGAUUGGAUGGUCACAGUUUUGCUUAUCCUACUCUUCAUUGGUACUUCGACUAAAGCCUUAUUCAAAGGUGUAGAUACAUGGAAGAAAGAGACAGUGAUGAAAAAGGAAGCAGCAAGGUUAGAAGCUGAGGUGUCCAAACUAGCUGAUGGAGCUGUUCAAGAUUACAAAAUGUUACCUAGUGGCCCAAGCACCAUGCCAGAUGAUGAUAUUUCUCUGAUACAUAACAUAUACUGGAAAGAGUUAUCGCUGCUCGUUUAUGUGUGGAUUGGUUUUCUUAUCGUUCAGAUUAUUAAGGAAUAUCUUCAAACUUGCUCGGUCAUGUAUUGGAUUGUGAACUCUUUGCAGAUACCCAUUGCUGCCUCUGUAACAGUGUUUGAAGCCAUAUGCUUAUACAAAGGGAGAAGGGUGAUUGCAUCAAAAGGAAAAGAAAUCACAAACUGGAAGAUAUAUCAGAUUCUUAUUUACUGUUCUUGUGGCAUAAUUGCUGGUAUGGUUGGUGGUUUGCUUGGACUGGGAGGUGGCUUCAUCUUGGGUCCUCUUUUCCUUGAACUUGGAAUUCCUCCUCAGGUAGCUAGUGCAACAUCAACGUUUUCAAUGGCGUUCUCAUCCUCAAUGUCAGUUGUACAAUAUUAUCUUCUCAAUCGUUUCCCAAUACCAUAUGCUGCUUAUUUCGUUCUAGUCGCCACCAUAGCGGCUUUCACCGGCCAGCAUGUAGUCCGAAAAAUUAUCGCAGUUCUCGGACGAGCAUCGAUAAUCAUCUUCAUUCUGGCUUUAACCAUCUUUAUCAGUGCAAUCAGUUUAGGUGGAGUUGGCAUUGCUGAUAUGGUUGAAAAACUGGAAGAUGAAGAGUAUAUGGGAUUUGAAAACCUUUGCAAGCUCUCUUGAGUCCUUUCUCUCUCUUUUUUUUUUUUUUCCUUUUGUAUUUUUUACUUUGACUUAUUACAGAUGGAAUUUCUCAGCAGAGAACAAGCAAUUGCAUUGAACUUUUAGGACUUCAAAGUCAAAGCACUUGUCAAUUAUUUCCAAUUAAAGAUUUGGGUUUUGUUAUAUGUUGGUGGACGCUCAUUUUCUUGUCCAGUCUAUGCAAGAAACCUUCUGCAGUCAAA